CGAUUAUAUGCGGAUUAACUGUGGUUAUUUGUGUUAUUAUAUUAUUAAGAUUUUUUAAUUAUCAAUGUAAAAUAAAUGUUUCAACUAUGAAUUAUUAGUAUCGAAAUACCUAUCAUUCAAAGUAAAGAAAUGUGUGUACCUACGUUUUUUAAAAUACCGUAAUUUAUUGCCUAAUGCCAGGAAUACACGAGGCUAGUUUUUCAAGCAAGGAUAACAAGGUAAUACUAGCUUUGUUUUUAAGUUAGCAAGCUAGUGAAUAUUCUAGUUAGCCUAGCAUGUCAAGUCAGGAUAAGAGCUGGGAAUAGCUAGCUUGAAAAACUAGCCUCAUGUAUUCCAGGCAUAAUGGACAAACAUGUACUAAAAUUAAAAUCAAACAAUAAUAAUGUGUGAUAGUGAAUUGAAAGAAGUUAAUUCAAAAAAUCUCAUUAAAUACUCACAGCUGUAAGAAGUUAAUAUACAUAACAUACACACUAUUAAUGAAAACAAAUUUACAAAGUUGAAGUACAGCAUUAUAAAGUUUACAAUAUAUGUAUGAUGGUGGACAAGAAGAAACCCAAUCAGCAAAAACUUGAGGUCUGCAGAAAUUACAGAAAUGAACUGAGUUUACUAUCUGAUGAGAAAGCGAAUGAAGUAGUAGGAAGAUCACUUAAAAUAUAUUAUGCUUUAGAAACUUUAAAUCCUACAGAUAUGUUUCAAUGCAAGAUUAAUGAGUUUAUUGAUGCUCAUAUUUAUAUAAUAGAUCAAGAAGUUCAAAGGUUUUUAAAACAACCAAAACCUAAUGAAGAUGAACUUACUGUAGAGUCUGUAUAUUCAGGAAUGGCAGGUGCUGCCUUGUUGUUCAAUUUUUAUGGUAACAAAAUACAAGACAACAACAAAACUGUAGAGGCUAAGUUGAUUAUUGAAAAAUGUUUGUCAAUAUUAGAUGGAAAUUCUGAUAGUGUAACAUAUUUAACUGGGAAAUCUGGUAUAUAUGUGACAGCUACUGAAAUUUAUCGAGAUCUUGGUGAUAUGGAAAAUGCAAAAAAAAUGAUUCAAAAAGUGGUGAGUUUGUUGCCAAUAGCAUUAAAUAACAAAAUGCCCGAUAAUUUACUUUAUGGACGAGCUGGAUAUCUAUACUCUUUACUAUUACUUAAAAGGCAGGGAUGGGAAUUCCCAGAUAGAGAUAAAUUGAUAAGAAAGGUCGUGACAGCAAUUUUAAACAAUGGUAUACAAGCAUGUGAAAAAGAUAAACCAAAAAAAACUUCUCUCAUAUACAAAUGUCACAACAAAAAAUACUUAGGAGCAGCUCAAGGCUUAUCUGGUGUUUUACACUGCCUUCUUCUGGCGAAGACUUAUCUAACACAAAAUGAACUAGACAAUCUUAUUAAGCCAGCCCUCGACUACUUAUUAACAUUAAGAUAUAAAUCUGGAAAUUUACCAUCUUCUUUGUGUAAUGAUCCUGAUCAAUUAGUUCAAUGGUGUCAUGGUGCUGCAGGUGUCUCACACACUUAUGCACUAGCUUAUAAAGUUUUUGUAGACCAAAAAUACCUCAAUGCUGCAGAACAAUUCGCUAAUAUUGUAUGGCAACGUGGUUUAUUGACUAAAGGAUAUGGACUGUGUCAUGGUGUUAGUGGAAAUUCCUAUUCUUUUAUAUCACUCUUCCAAUUAACUGGAAAAGCUAAAUAUUUGUAUCGAGCUGCAAGGUUUGUUGAUUGGUGCUUAACAACUGGUCGUCAAAAAAAAGUUCCUGACAAUCCAUAUUCAAUGUUUGAUGGUGUUACUGGUGUUACAUAUGCUCUAUUAGAUAUGCAGGAACCUGCAGCAGCGAGUAUGCCAGGAUUCUAAUUUUUCAACAAUGGUAGAUAAUCCAUCUUUUUAUGAAACAAUUAUCUAGCUUAUCUAUAAAAGCAGCCAAAACCAAUGAAGCGUAUAAAAUAAUUUUAUUUAUACAUGUCAUAUUAUUAUUGAUAAAAUUAUUAUAAGAAUACUAAGAGGUGGCCACACAACUACGUAUUUAAAACAGAUAAUUUUCCUACUUUUAAAUUUUUAUUCUUCAUGUAUGUGUAUUGUUUUUACUCGUGUAAACAUUUUUUUUUUUUUUAUUGAUUAUGGUUUAUUGAUAUCCUCUUAAGAAUAGUUAAACUAAUAAGAUUAAUUGUUCAUUAAUAAGCAAUUACAUUUUUGUUAAGACUGGUCACUUACUAAAGUAAAAUAGUUAGAAUUAAAAUCUACCUACAACUUCUAACUCUUUAACUUGCUUUAGUUGUUAAAUUCUAAUCAGAUAAUAAAAUUAGUUUGAUAGUUUGAUAGUUUAUUUCCCGAACUAUUUUAAAUUAAAUUAGUUUAAAUAAUGUAUUAACGUUUUCAGCUUUGCCUUUCAAUAAUAUUAUGUGCUUUGUGUAAAUGUUAUGCUUUAAUGUGAUACAUUAAUUAUUGAGACUUAAAUAUUAUGUAUUAUUGUUAUUAAUAGGGCUCGGAUUUUGUAGCAAAUGCUUCUUUUGAGGGGAAUGUGACAGAAAGAUAAAUUAUUCUGAUUUCAAUGACGUAAACUGUUUUUUGCCUUUUUCCACAAAACCUACAAGAUAUUGCAUUUUCCCCUAUUUAAUACUUUUUUCUUAAUUUUUACAUAUUUUUCUUGAAAAUUUAACUUAUUUCUAUGUAUAUUAUACUUGUAUUAUAUUAUUAUUGCUAGAAAUUAUAAAACCAGUAAUAAAUGGAUGACUGAUAAAAUAACUAUCGUUAUUGUGUCGAAAUUGUAUCGUUUUAUCCACAAUUUAAUGAUCAUAAUUACACUUGUAUUUACGACUUAAGGAAAGGGAAAAUUAUCAAUUUAUGUGCAAAGGUCUUUUUCUAUAUAUAAAAAUAUAUUAGCACCCAAUAGGAUGAGUUUUAAUGAAAGUAACUUCGACCAAAUGUAUGGUUGUAAAUUCCUUCCUUAAUAUUUAAUUUCAUGUGUAAUUUAAAUUUGUUUUUUUAGAAUUAAAUUUAAUAAAUGCUUUUUUUUGCUUGUUUUGGCUACUUAAAAUGAUUUUUAAGUGGCUACUUAAAAUGAUUUUUAAGGAUUUAUUUAGCUAAGAAAAUCCAAGCCCUAAUUAUUCUUAUUAAGAAUUUUUUUUUUUUUAAUUUAAUGUGAUAGUAUAAAUUACAACUACUAUUUAUACUAUUUAUACUUUAUAUAUUUACCUGACUGAAGUUUAUUUGAUUACUAAAAUAAUAAAAAAAGCUAUACAAAUUUAUCUAUUCAAACCAUUAAAUUAUAUGAUAUAUUUAAUAUAUUUAUAUUAAUAGUUAAUUAAAUAAUUAACUAUCCCUAUUAUAGUAAUGUGUUGAAUUAUAUAUUAACACAUUGAACAAACUGAUUAGUGCCAUAAUAUAAUUAAUACAUUUUACCUUUUUUUUUAGUUUAUUUAAUUAUAUGUAUGAUACUUAUUCAUAAAUAAAAUUAAUUUUUUUGUACAACAUUUUUUUUAAAGUAUUGGUUCUAAUUGAUAAAUGUCCAUGUCAUAAAUUAUAUUUAAUUAUCGUACAUUAGUUAUUUUCAUUGUUAAUAAACUUUCAUCAAUAGUUAUAUUGUUUUAAAUGUCAUCCUUUUUAAUGAUUUAAGGCAGGGGUGGGCAACUGGCAGCCCGCAAACCUUUUUUUUCUGGCCCGUGCUACAUUUUCAAAUUACAUCAUACAAUUAUAUAGACGUCUAUGCUAAAUUAAAAUGCAUAUUUUGAAUGAUCUUUUUUUUUUGCUCUCUAAGGGCCCGCUAAAUUUUAAUUUUCUUAAAAUUGGCGCUCUAAUAACUUUCAGUUGCCCAUCCCUGAUUUAAGGUAAAGCUUAUUAAUCUUUAACAUUAGAAUUAUUUGUAUUUUGAGGUGGUCAGCAGUAGACCAAUUCUGUAGACUAAUAUUUAAAUUUAAGUAAUUAAAAAGUGUAUGUGUAGGUUGAGUGAGUGUAUGUACUUAUUUAUUAAUAACUAAAAGUGUACUUAAAUUUGUUUUGCUUGUAUUUGAUCUUAUUAUUUCAAUUUUAAAUGUAUUUUAAAAAUUAUCUUUUGUGUAUAAUAUUCUAUUAUUUAUAAUUAAAAUAUAAAAAAACAAUACAUUACAGUAGAGUUGCGUAAUCCGAACAUGGGCUAAUACAAAAAGCAUGGUAAUCCGGUCAGUUUUGAGUGUACAUCAUCACUGUUCUAUUACUGUACUUAUAUAGACCUAAAAAAUAAUAAUCAUAACAAUUAUUAUGACUACAUAUCAUAUAUGUUUGUUGUUAGCUUAUAAUGAUUUCAUUUUUGUCGAAAAAAUAAAAAUAAAAUAGCCUCUUGUGAGGAGUCUUAGGUAGAGCAAAUAAAUUAUUAAUCUGAACGACCCCUUUCCUCAAUUCCCUUCGGAUUGCUGUGACACUACUAUAAUUGCUUUUAAUUUUCUUUAACAAACUAAAUAUUGUUAUUUAUUUUGAAAUAUUUAUAUCAACAUAGUGUACUACUAAUUUUUUUAAUAUAAUAAUAUAAUUUUUAUUUUUUUAAGAUUUAAAAAAAAAUCUUAAAUUUAUUAAACAUUUUAUUAUCUGGUGUCAAAUAUUCAUGUACUAUACUUUCUCCAUAACUUUCCAUAAGUUCCCUAGUCCCAACAUUGUUAGAAAGUGAUAGCCAAUAUUUGGUAUCUGUGCACAUGAUAGUUCCAAAGUUCUAAUAUAUGUAAUUUAUAUGGUAUCUUUUUUUAAUUACAUUGUCUCCAGAUGUUUCUAAGCCUAGUCCAUAUCUUUAUAUUAUGUAUGUAAUAAUUAUCAACCAUUUAGUUAAAGCUUAGUAAAAUAAUAAUAAUAAAAGUAUUAGAUACUUUUAAACCUAUAAAGAAGUUCCAUAUAACUAUAAUUAGCAAUAUUCUAUUAUCAAAAAAUGUAUAUCCGCGUUAUGUGCGAAAUAUAUUUAAUUUAUGUUUAAAAUUUAUUUGUUUUAUAAUUUUAUUUUAUUUUUAUAUUUCACUAUUUUAUGUCUAUGUAAUGCUAGACAUGUUAUACAUAAGUUUAUUUUUAUUGUACCAUGUAUACCGUGUUCAUUAGUUUACGUUAAUUUAUUUUAAGAACAAGCAUUUUUCAAUAUUUUUAUAACAUAAUAUAAUAUGCUUAAGUAAUACAGAAGCCAUAUUUUAUGGUUUAUUUUAUAUUUUAAUAACAAAUGAACAAAUAGCUUAUUGUUUAAUAAAUAAUUAUGUGGUAUAGAAUAUACCAACACUAAUUACUAUUUUAUAAUAUAAAACUGCUCAACAGUAACCACAUUAUUAUUAUUUAAUACAAUAACAUGCUAUCAUUUACUAAAUUAUAGUAAUAAGAACUGACACGUACAUAGGCGCAACUAGGGGAGGGCUUGGGUGGGCUUAGCCCGCCCAGUUUUUAUGUUAGUGUUAAUAAUCAAUAUUAGUGGUUUAAGGGCAAAGCUCUAACAGGUCAUUGAUAUCACUUUAGCCUACCUACCCAGAAAUAGAGCUAUAGUUGCGCCUAUGGAUAUGUAUACAAAUUGAGCUAUGCUCAUAUCUGGUAAAUAGAAAAUUACCUAACCGAACCCAAAAUAAUUGUGUCAUUGUGUAAAAUAAUAUUGUUAAUAAGGAUCUGUAUUAAAAAGCUAAAAAAUAUUUGAUUGAAAAUUAUUGUAAACAAAACACUCUGUACUAUGUAUUUUAUGAAUAAAUCUAUCUUACUGUAAUAUAUUUAGUAGACACCAAUA